AUGAAGGACCCUGGAUGGUGGCUGGUGGUGAGAAGGAGCUCCCCCAUCCUGAUGUCCCAAGUCCCCUCGCUGCACCCCGACUGGGACUUGGCAGCACUCCGCUUGGGGCCCCAUUUCCUUUCUUCUAAUUCAGAAGAAAUGCUCCUGCAGAUGUGUUCUUCUCAGCCUGUUUGUUUAGAGUCAGCUGACAUGUUCCAGAGAAGCGAUGAUUCACAGAGGCCCAGGCUCCUCCCGAGGUUUCCUGUGAAUAAGCCUCUAUCUGGGCUUUCCAGCUGGCUCAGAGGUAAAGAAUUCUCUUGCGAGCCAGAAGAUGCAGGAGAAGCCACAGGUUUGAUCUCUGGGUCGGGAAGAUCCCCAGAAGGAGGAAAUGGCAACCCACUCCAGUAUCCUUGCCUGGAGAAUCCCAUGGACAGAGGAGCCUGGCCCAGGCUACAGUUCCUAGCGUCACAAAGAGUUGGACACGACUGA